AUGACAUCAAAUGGAAUGAUAUAUGUUUAUCAAUAUACCCUUGUACCUUCGGUGAUUAACAAUUGUGUGCGUAUCAAGUACAAGAAUCCUGAUAGAUGGUUGGUACCCACAAGAAGUUCAAAUAGGCUCCCUGAGUUUAACUUCGGUGACUCAUGUGGGGAUGAAAGAAAUAUGGCAUUGACAUAUAGCGCAAGUAAUAGGAAUACAAAAGACACAAACCUGACAAAACCUAGGCCCAAAAUUGUAGAUGGUAUUCGAUACGUAGCACUAUUGAAUGUACAUGGACUAAAGUUUAGGACAUUUGAUUAA